ACAACCAACUGUUGCAACAAGUGAAGGAACAUAUCGAGUAAUAUUAAAGAAUGAUCUUGGAGAAACCGAAUCAACACCAUGUGUAUUAACUGUAUUGGAACCAGUAAAAUUGACCAAAGCAUCUCCAACAUCAGAUGUUGUUGAUUUGAAAGUUGGUGAACCAUUUGAGAUUUCAUUUGAUGUAGGUGGAAAAGAAGCACCUAAAGUACAAUUAACAAAAGAUGGUAAAGAAGUGAAGUUCACUAGUGUUGAAGGUACACGACAUGUAUAUUCUAUUCCCGAAGUGAAACCAGAACAUCAAGGUGUAUACAAACUAACUGCCAAGAACAAAUUGUCAACAGAAGAAACGAAUGUAGCUCUUAACGUGACAGGUAAUUGAAAGUUGAUUUUAUAAACUAUCACAAAGGAAAAGCUGUUUCAAAUUCCGUUCCCAGAAAUGUGAGGAUGGAAUAUAUCAUACGCGAGUUAGACUUUUCUUUGCUUGUAGCUGGAGCCUAAUUUUUGUUGAAUCAACUCGUGUUUUUUAAGUUACAUUUAGAAAGAGUAGAUGAAUAGUUGUAGGUGUUUCGAAAAAUCCAAUGAGUCUUCAUUGUGCAUCGAGUCAUCUAGUGCAGGAGUGCUAAUGUAAUUAAGACUCUUGAGAUCUUGUAUAUUUGUAUUGAAGGAAUAUAGGUGGAUCGCUCUACUUAGGUAAAAAUAGAGUAUAGGAGAGAGAAAGAGAUAUGCAGUGUGUAAUGUUCGUGAACUUUGGUGAAUAUUGUUCACUUACUGGUACCUGUGGUUUGAUAGAUACUAUGCGAUAAACGCCUAUAUUCAAUGAGUAAAUUGUCAACAAAUUCGUUUUCUUACAAGAAUAUCGACAUUACUGUUCACUUAUGAAUAUUCGUUUACUAGAAAACCAAUAAAUUUAACAGCAUUUGAAGUAUAUUUUCAAUCUGUCCAACAAAAAGAAAUGUAAUUAGUUCAAAUUAGACAGCAUCGUCAGUUCUAUACAGCAAAUGACCCUUUUUCAAUGAUGUAAUUCUGCUAAUAAGCUUCUUUUCAAAAAAAAUCUACUUUCCUCGAAACUGUAAAUUCGAGUAGCCUAUUAUACAGUUAGUUCCGAGUACUUGCAAAGUGUGCCGAGAUGAGACAAUAAUUUAGUACGUUUGAGAUCAGAUUCGCUAAAAAAGAAAAUCUCACCGUGAAUCAAAAAACGGACAAGUCUAAAAAAACUGCAAUGUAAUAUAUAUCAUAGCCAUUUUCAACGUGAAAUGCAGCAGUCAAAGGUACAAAGAGCAUUUUAUAACAUAAAAAAAACAAUACAUAAUUGUAGGUUUCAAUAUCAUACUGUUUCAUUAAUCUCUGAUAGAAUACUAACGACAAAUCAAACUCUUGAUCGUUAUAUCAAUCCUUAAGAAAAAAAAAGACAUGGAUCACUGUUUGAAUUUUUUUCAUGAAACAUUACGGGAACCUAUACUUCCAUAGAAAUGACACAGACCAUUAUCGAUGCCAGAAUUAAAUGUGGGUUGGUAUGUGACGAAUAUCUCCAGAACGCUAUUAGUUAGCAAUCUGCGGUUUUCAUCAAUGGAAAGAGACUGAGUUGGAGCAUAUUUUGACAUAAUAUUACGCAAGAUGAAAUCAUUUGCUAACCAAUUCUUUUUGGGAAUCUUUCCAAAAGAUGCAUAAUAAUACAAUGCAGUUGCAAUGAAAUUAUCAUUUCGACAUCUAUAUUAGAUAGAGAGGCUUGAGCUCUAUAGUUCAAGAUAUAAUGCAAAUGAUUAUCUUCUCACAGUCUAACG